UUGCCCUGCUAGGCAGUAACAACCACUCUGACUCUGAAGCCUCUGGACACGGCAGUGACUGCUCCGGGGACCCCACACUCUGCAGGAGCCGGAGCCAUGCGCGUAGCCGUCAUCGGGGCCGGGGUGAUUGGGCUCUCCAGCGCCCUGUGCAUCCAUGAGCAGUUCCACAGCCUGGUGCCUUCCCUGGAGCUGGAGGUCUACGCUGACCGCUUCACCCCCCACACCACCAGCGAUGGGGCGGCCGGGCUGUGGCAGCCCUACGUGAGUGACCACGGCAACCUGCAGGAGACGCUCUGGAAUAAAGAGACAUUCGAUUACUUCCUUGGGCACCUGCACUCCCCAGCAGCCAAGGAAAUGGGACUUUUCCUCAUUUCUGGCUACAACCUGUUCACGGAGCCAGUGCCGGACCCAUCUUGGAAGAACAUUGUCCUGGGAUUCAGGAACUUGACACCAAAAGAACUUGAACUCUUCCCUGGUUACAGCUAUGGCUGGUUCAACACGGCGCUGAUGCUGGAGGGCAGGAGUUACCUGCCCUGGCUCACCAACAGGCUGACACAGAGGGGAGUGAAGUUUUUCCAUAAGAAGGUUGAGUCUUUCCAGGAGCUGUUUUCCCAGGGUGUGGAUGUGGUGCUGAACUGCAGCGGGAUGCGAGCUGGGGACCUGCAGCCUGACCCAGAGCUGCAGCCUGGCCGGGGCCAGAUCAUCAAGGUCCUGGCCCCGUGGGUGAAGCAUUUCAUCAUCACUCACGACGUGAAAUCCGGGAUCUACAACUCACCCUACAUCAUCCCAGGGAGCGAGGUGACGGUCCUGGGAGGGAUUUACCAACACGGAAACUGGAGUGAGGAGAACAGUGCCAAGGAUCACAAAUCCAUCUGGGACAACUGCUGCCGGCUGCUCCCGACUCUCCAGAAAGCGAAGAUUGUCGAGGAGUGGAGUGGCCUGAGACCAGCACGGCCCUCGGUCCGCCUGGAGAGGGAGAGCAUCCGCCUCGGGAAUCUCCAGGCAGAGGUGAUUCACAACUACGGCCACGGCGGGUUUGGGAUCACCAUCCACUGGGGCUGUGCCAUGGCAGCGGCGCGGCUCUUUGGGAACAUCCUGCAGGAGAAGAAGCAGCUGGCCACCCCCCCAGGGCCCCGCUUGUGAGCACCUGCUCCCCUGGAAUAUGUGACAACAGUAGCUUAGGAAUCACAGCAGAAGGAUGGGAACAACACAGGGAUACACACACGGGCUGCUCCACCCUGCUCCAGCUCUGGCUCUCAGCAUCUCAUUUCCAGGUCCCUGUCGUUUUCCAGAUGGCUCCACUUCUCCCACAGCCUGCCUAGAGGAAGGGCUAUCAGAUAUGGACUAAUCAUCCAUGACAAAGUGCUGUCUGGGGUCAGGCUGCAGAGGGCAAGCUGGGUUCAGCUGAACCCUGGACAGUCCUGCAGUUCAUCUGCACCAGGGGACAGGAUCUGAAACAGAGCUGGGGACACCUGAGGUCUGUGCUGGCUGCUCCAACACCCAGUGUGUAAUUAGAUUUACAGGCUCCCCCCCAGGAGGCGAAAGCUCCUUAGUAGGAAGAAGCUCUGAGGCUCCCAGGGAAGUAACAGCAGCUCUGGGAGCACGUGCCUGGCUUACACCAGUUUUCCUCACAUUCCUGCCAGGACAAAGCUCGGCCCGCAGCACCUGCUUAGUGUAGCUGGCACCAGACAGCAGCACUUGCCUAAAAUGGCCUUUUCAAAUGAUGUUUUAGCAACAAAAGCAACUUGUUCCAGCCCUGUGGUCUUGCCAGGCUCUAUAUAUAGCAGAGAGCAUAAGAAAAUAGCUUUUCUUGUCCCUAAAACUCCCAUGGGCCCCUCAGCUUCCCAUUUCUCCCAGCUGUGGGACACAGCUCAGAGAGAGGGCCUGGCUUGGGAAAGGUUGUGCCUCUAAGAAGGGGAGCAGGACUUUUUGGCACGUUCAGGGGCACUGUUGGGGACCCAACACACUGCUCUGAAGAUACAGCCUGUCUAAUUUUCCCAUGGCACGUGUCUUUCCUGCUUUACAAACCAUCCCAGACAGGGCACUGGAUGGUGAGGAAGCCUCAAAUCCAAAUCUGAGCCCAGCACAGUGCGUGGCUCACCCUCCUGUGUGGAUAAGCCAAGAGUUCCUUACUCAUCCAUGAUGCAGCUCCUCUCUGCAGAUGACUCCGUGUGCCAGGAAUAGCUCGGCAGCGUGGGCCGUGCUGCGGCCGCGCCUUGGCAAUUCGGGAAUGCCCGAGUGCAUCUCCGUGCCGUGGGCUCAGCAAACAGCUGGGCAGGGGAAAUUGGGAGCCAGUUUGUCCAAAGGAAUUUCCAGCUUCCCUGGAAAUGUUGCUGUCACUGUGUAAAGUCAGGAAAAGGGUAGGAAAAGGAAAACAAAAGCUGGAGAAAAUUCCCUGCUGAUUAAUGCUGAACUCAAUAGUCUGUGAUCCCAUCUCAGGAAAAGCCAUUCAGGUGAACUGGAUCCCCUUGGUUUCACUUAUUCCAAAUAAUUCAGGAGCAUGUUGUGUGCUGUAAAUCCAGCCCCACUUUGGUGAUUUUGGGAAAAUUCUGCUGGGUGUAGGAAAUUAUUGUACGCCUGGCAAUAAGAUUCUUGGGAUCUCAGAGCCUGCAGGAGCCACUGCCCUGUGAUCUCACGUGGCCUCUUGGCAAACAGGAAUGGGCUGAUCUGUAAUUUUAUUUGCAGGUUAAUUCUGUUUGUUUUCUAAAGGCCUCAAUUUAAUCUGUGUGACCAA